UUUAUCAACAUUUUCACAUUCUCAAUCGCAGAAUGUUGAUAUAUUAGUAUUAGUCGUUCCUAGGGAGACUCAAUUAUAAUUGUAUCGUAACAGCACCAUAUUCAUAUUCAUAUUAAUAUUAUUAUUAUCAUUAUUGGACUUUAGGAAACAACAAUGAACUAAGUGAGGAACACAACACCCAUCACCUCCACUUCAAUACAAUGGUUUCAUCACCUAGUUUUGCAACUUUUGUUUUUCUUUUGCUUGUGAUUGGGGGCACGUCGAGACCUUUGUAUCCGCUUCCUGGAAAAGGGGAUGAUGGAAGUAGGAAGUCUCUUCAAACUUUUCGCCCGUAUAACAUUGCACAUCGGGGUUCAAACGGAGAACUUCCCGAAGAAACUCGUCAGGCAUACAUGAGAGCUAUUGAGGAAGGAGCAGACUUCAUUGAAACUGAUAUCUUAUCUUCCUCAGAUGGUGUUCUUAUAUGUUUCCAUGAUGUUACCCUUGAUGAGACUACUGACAUUGCAAAUUACAAAGAGUUUGCAAAUCGUAAAAGAACAUAUGAAGUCCAAGGUGUCAAUACCACUGGAUUUUUUAUUGUUGAUUUCACCUUAAAGGAAUUAAAGACAUUGAGGGUGAACCAGAGGUAUAGCUACAGAGAUCAACAGUUUAACGGAAAGUUUCAAAUAAUCACUUUUGAAGAGUUCAUUAACAUAGCAUUGCAUGCACCCAGAGUUGUUGGAAUAUAUCCAGAGAUAAAAAAUCCAAUAUUUAUCAAUCAGUAUGUGAAAUGGUCGGAUGGCAAAAUAUUUGAAGACAAGUUUGUCGAGACACUUCAGAAAUAUGGAUACAAGGGUUCAUACCUGUCAAAAGAUUGGUUGAAACAACCUGUAUUUAUUCAGUCAUUUGCUCCGUCUUCACUCGUAUAUAUAUCAAAUCAAACGGACUUGCCCAAGAUUUUUUUAAUUGAUGAUGUGACUAUUCCAACACAAGACACUAAUCAGUCAUAUUGGGAAAUCACAUCUGAUGGAUACCUAGACUACAUAAAACAAUAUGUUGUAGGAAUUGGACCUUGGAAGGAUACAGUGGUACCCGUGGUUGAAAAUUAUGCGAUGACUCCUUCAAAUCUUGUUGCCAGGGCACAUGCUCGUAAUCUGCAGGUGCAUCCAUACACUUACAGAAAUGAGAACAAGUUUUUGCAUUUCAACUUUAGUCAAGAUCCGUACAAGGAGUAUGAUUACUGGAUCAACAAGAUAGGAGUUGAUGGUCUGUUUACAGAUUUCACAGGCAGUCUUCAUAAUUUUCAGGAAUGGACUUCCCCUAACCGUCAAGAUGACAAGAUUGCAUCCGAGUUAUUACAUAAAAUUGCUAUAUUGGUAUCUCCUUUUGAUUGAUUUUGAGAUGCCAAAUGGUGUGUAAAAAGCAUGUCAUUGGAUUGUCUAAUUUUUGUUUUCAGAACCUUGUAUCAAGUAUCAACACGUUCAAGAAAGCUUUUGAUUGAAAAGCUAUUGUUUAGAAAAUCUUAAGGAAAAACAAAUAGAAUUCUAUUUACAAAGUAGUAUAGUUUGGGGAUUUUUGUCCCCCUCAAGUAAUAAGCUUUCUUGUUUCAGAUAAUGAAUAAAUAAGUUUUAAGAUGUGUUGCAA